UAAAGCCUUUAAGUGCCUAAAUUCUUUACUAGUCUAGCGUAAUCAUUUAACAGCCAAAUGACAUCCGUUAGCCAAAUAUUAUCAUUAGACAUUGGUCAUGAAGAUAAGAUUCUCCAAUUAGGAGAGUUGGAUUUGACCAAUAUUGAAGAACAUUUAUCCGGUGCAGAUGAUUUAUACAAAAUCAUAUUAUUACUCCUUAAGCUUGAAUCAAUUAUACUGACCACACUUGAUAUUCCCCAAAUUGAAAAGAUAUUAGGAACAAUCCAAUCCAAUCCAACAUUGAAGAGAAUAACAAAUACAGGAUAUUCUACUACGGAUACAAUUGCUUUAUUUAUCAGGAUCAAAUACAAUGAUCUAUUGACUGACUAUCAGUACCUUAUAGAUGAUCCCAAAUAUCUGAAAUUUAUCGAAUUAGUUAACAAAAAAGUACUAAUAAUAAAUAAUAUACCCACAGCUAAAAGUACUGAAUCAAAGUUAUUUCCAAAAUUAAUUGAACUUAUCCAAUUAAAGAUACUUCAGUUGUAUCAUAUUUCAAGCUAUGAUUUAAAGAAACCAUCUGUUUUAAAAUAUUUGACAGAAGAUUUACAAGGAAAGUUGGACGGUCAAUUAAGUCAAGUGGUGGAAUUAUAUAAAUUGGGAAAGAUAAUACCUCCAUCUAUAUUCCAUGAGAUAUUGACGCUCAAUUAUGGAAAUAAUUAUAAUAGAAUUGUAACUACACACCUUGAUCAUCAAAAGCUAUUAAAGAAUCUGAUUGAAAAUAAUAUUGUUCUGUUAACCAAAUACUAUCAAUCGAUAAGGAUAGAGAAAAUGUAUGAGAUAUUGAAGAUACCUCGAGAAAUUGAUGUUGAAGAAAUUAUAUUCAAUAUGAUUAUACAUAAUACUUUCCCCUCAGCAGUAAAGAUUGAUCAAAUAGAGGGAUUGGUUAGAUUUCAUGAUCAGACAGAUGAAAGUCAGAUUGUCAAUAAUCAUAUUCAAGAGGUUUCUAAGAUUAUUAAUGAUAUUUCUGUUCAAUUACCUGUAUAGAUAUAGGAUAUAUAAAGCCAAUAAA